AUGGGGGGCGCGGGGGCGCCGCUGCCGCUGGCGGCGGGGCUGCUGCUGCUGGUGGCGGCGGGGCGCGUGCGGGGCGCGGCGGGCGGCCUGGCCGACAGCGUCGUGUGGGCUGUGAACGCCGGCGGGGACGCCCAUGUGGACGUGAACGGCAUCCACUUCCGCAAGGACCCGCUCGAGGGCCGCGUGGGCCGAGCUUCCGACUAUGGCAUGAAGCUGCCGAUCUUGCGGUCCAACGCAGAAGAUCAGAUCCUGUAUCAGACGGAGCGUUACAAUGAGGAAACCUUUGGCUAUGAAGUUCCCAUCAAGGAGGAGGGUGACUACGUGCUGGUGCUGAAGUUUGCAGAAGUGUAUUUUGCACAGUCUCAGCAGAAGGUUUUUGAUGUUCGCUUGAAUGGCCACGUAGUGGUGAAGGACUUGGACAUUUUUGACAGGGUUGGACACAGCACGGCUCACGAUGAGAUCAUUCCCAUGAGUAUCAAAAAGGGGAAGCUGAGCGUCCAGGGAGAGGUUUCCACGUUCACAGGAAAGCUCCACAUUGAGUUUGUUAAGGGCUACUAUGACAAUCCGAAAAUCUGUGCCCUGUACAUCCUGCAAGGAACAGUGGAAGAUGUUCCAAAGCUGCAGCCACACCCAGGUCUGGAGAAAAAAGAGGACGACGACGAUGAGGAUGAGUACGAUGAUGGCUCCAGCGUUAAAAAACAGGCAAAUAAGAACCGGGUUCAGUCAGGCCCACGCACACCAAACCCCUAUGCCUCGGACAACAGCAGCCUCAUGUUCCCUAUAUUGGUGGCCUUUGGUGUCUUUAUUCCUACCCUCUUCUGCCUCUGCCGGUUGUGAGAGCAAGCCCCACAGAGCAGCAGCCGAGGGGCUGGGAGGGAAGGAGUUGGACCAAACACGGUUGCUUUCAAUUUCUCCAUACUGUUCAUAAUUUAAGGAAAAAAAAAAAAAAAAGGUGAUUCAUUUGGAAUGAAUAGCAGGUCCAGGUAAGAGGAAGCUUCCCGCUGCCAGCAAGCAGUGAGGCCCUCACCUUCCCCUUUGCCAUGUGCAGCCUCUGAUCCUCCCUGGGGCAUCCAAGAGCAAACUGAGUCCUGGCUGGCUGUGUACUGGGCUACUGGAAGCUGAUGCUAGCGGUCCUGGGCCAUGUCCCACGCUGAAAGAAAGCCACGUGCUGCAAGAUCUCUGCAUCGCUGGGUGGAACACCGUUCUCUAAGCAGGGCCGCAGCUCAUAAAACGAGGCCUGGGCCAUCUUGUCUGGGAGCCUGGAAGUGUUGCGGUGCUGUUAGGUGACUGACGACCGUGGAGGACAGAGGCUGGUUCUUCAGCAUCUCCCUGAACGUGCAACACGACGUAUGGUACUCGCCUGCAUAAAGACACCAAGACUCCAGCUGGCUGCUCAGCCUCUGGGGGGACCUUUCCCUUCCUAAGAGUGCAAGCUGCGCCAGGAGCAGAGGGAUUUAUCUGGCCUGAUGUGCUGCACCAGCUGGGAGAGACUUUCCUAGCCUGACAACUGUAAUGUUAGAUCCGUGGCUGAGGGAUUCCGAUGUAGCCUGCAGAAGGCUGGCGUCUGCGUCUGAUCAGAUGCACUUGUUUUCUGUAUUGAUUAUGGCUUUUGUUUCCUUCAGUAUCUUUUUAUUUUCAAAGGUUCGUUUUAAGCCCAGUUCCUUGUUUUGCCCUUUUUAGCAAGCGACCUGUCCUUCAGAAGAAGCUGAGAAGCAGAAGACCUGAAGAGGAGCUUCUUGUUCCCUGAGCUUCCUGCCGGACAGAGCGGGGCACUGUGCUGGGUGCUCCUGCGAGCUCUCACUCCGUCAUACUGACCAGGCCUGCCUGUGGUGGUGAGAGGAGCAGAGCCAUCCGUGUCCGGGCUACCGAGGGGCAGAUGUCCGACAUCUCAGUGCUGUGGCGCGAGGUGCUCUGUGGCUCUCCGGAGCUCUGGCAGCUGGCAGAGCGCUGCAGACGAGGCCCAUCGGUUUCCCCGGUUGCCUGGUGACAGGCUGGCCAGCCGGGUCACCUGCAGUCCCUCGGGGGGGCUUCUGCAGGAGGUUUGUUUCCACGUGCAGAGCCUGACAGAGGCUGAGCAGAGCCCUGAGAGCCCUCGUGAUGCCUUCGGGCCCGGAGCAGGCCCCGAGGAGCUGCCUUCCCCUGCCCCCGGCCUCUGCCGUGCUGAGCGCUCCUGGCUGGCGGCAGGGAGAGGGCCUGUAUGUAGGAGAAGGAUUUGGCCCAGAUAGGGUCAGCUUCGGUCCCGGUGAGCUUUACCUCGUGCUGGCUGGUUCUCACAAGUGCUCUCUUCACCUGGUGCUGCUCUGAGCAGUGCCCUCCUUGCUGCUGCUCCUCCCUGGACCUGACUUUCCUGGUGGUUGUUCUUGAGUUUGGUCCUCUGCAGCCUUUCUUUGAGCUGAGAGUGGUCAGCAGCAUUUGAGCAGAGCCCUUCUGCUCUGCUGGGCCCAGCAGCUGAAGCCUUUGUUUCUUCCUAACCCUCGAGCUGCGAUACGAGCUGUCAGCUCACGGGCCCUGGAACAGGAGCUCGGGGAGGUGUCACCGUGCUGGUACCCGCAGCGGUGGCACUGAUGGCAGUCAUCACUGCUAGGGGCCUGGCCAUAAUUCUGAGGGAGCUAAAAAGCAAGCUGUUGAACCUUAAUUAGCUUCUCCCCAAUCACACGAGUGGUAACAGCCAGAGUUUGGGAGAAGUGAGUCCCUGCCACGCUGGAAGGAAAAGGCAAGCUUUAGGGAGCAGAUCUGAAGAACAAACCCUAGGAUGAAAAGGCUUGAGGUUGUCUGCUUCAUCUUCUAGCUGCUGCUAAAAUCCAAGUGCUUGUACAAGCCUUCAGCACGAGCUCUGUUUUGUUUGGUGACAGUGCCUGCAAAGACUUCCCCCGUGUUUUUUGGGUUACUCUAACUGGAGCACAGAGACGUUUAGAUCUUUAUCAGUUUGAGAAGCAUAAACUGCCCUAAUUUGUUAAGCAAAGAACCUGGCUUUGAAAGCAGGCUCCUCUGUAGGGAGGUGUUCUCCUCCAGGCCUUUUAGGUUGCCUCUUUUUUUGAGCAUCCUCAAAGCAAGGAAUCGCUGAGCUUCUUGUGGCUUACCCAGUCAUCUCUGCAGCUUGCACAGCAUGAGAAAAGGGAUGUGCAUGCAGGUGUCCAAGUCUUGUAGGGUGGUUUCUGCCUGCCGCUCCUGGCAGCCAGGGCACCUCUUUGGUGCCACCAGCACCCUGAGGCGAAGCUGUGCAGGGUUUGGUCUGUUGCCUUCUAGUUUCUCAGUUCAGAUGAAUUUGUCUCAUUUGAAUAAGAAUAGGGAGGAGCAAUAGUUCAGUCUUGGCUUCAGUUUAGUCAUCUUGGCUCUGUUUUUUGCAUUUUUGUCGCUGCUGCAAAGCUGAUGCUAGCUCUCUGGGUGACUGGGGCAUUCCUGACCCCGUGAUGCGAGCAGUUUUCUUUGUCCCCUCUGCCAGGUUUGACUGGGGAGGAGCCUUCAAAUGCAGCACGUGGGUACACAGGAGGGCACAGGACAACCCGCCGGCACCUCGCUGGGAGCGGCGCGCUCCGGCUGGCUGCCCUUUUCACCUGCCUGGCACCUGCAAGGCAGCCAGAUGGGUGGAAGGAAGUACCUGGCUCUGGGAAGGAAACGUUUUGUUCGCUGUGAGCUUCCAGCACGGGUAUUUGAGGGAAUAUCCGAGGCAGCGUUUGUCUGAAGCCAGUUAGAGAGGAGCCUGGGUGUGCUUUGUUGCCUCCAGCCAGCAGCAGGCGGCUGAAGCGCCAGUCCCUGGGUCAGGACAGAGCCCGGCUCAGUUCUUGGAGCACUUGUGUAGAGAGGGGCAGACAGGGCAAUGUGAAUAAAGCUUCCCCUUAAUAAAGGGGAGGCAAUGCUGUCGAUCACGUUCUGAGUCUGGAUCCAGCCUCAGGGCAGUGCUGUUUUAAUUUCCCCUUCAUCAGCCCCUCUGUUCUGCCACGGGCACGCAGGGGCGCAGCUGGCAGUUGUCUCACAGUCUGUGCUCUCAGCUUCCAUGUCUUUAGGCCAGGCCAUUUCCCACAUCUUUGUGCGAGGCUGAAACAACGGCUCUGGCCCUUCUGAGUAUCCCAGGUGGCAGGGAGCAGAAAGCCAAAUGAAUUCCUGUCUUUUUGGUGCCUUUGUGUCGGGCUUUGAAUAAAAGUCCAUUUGAAGAAGCUUCUCUUUUUAAGGAGCUUCUGAGUUUUUGUGUUGUGUUUUUUUUUUUUUAUUUGUUUUUUCCCCCAAGGGACAGGCAUUCCCUGCCCCUGUGACCAGCUGGGGACUGUCUCGCUGUCCCUUGGUGCCAGCUCUGGAGGUCGCAGCUGAAGCACAGAACUGCAAGCAAGUACCUUUGGUGCCAGCCCUUGAGGCCAGUGGGGGGAAAAAAAAAAAAACAAAACAUCGCAGGGAACAGAAGAACUGGAAGGGCUCCUUCAGGUCUGCUUUCCCCCAGGGAUCUCCUGAAGGCAGGAUGGAGAACUUGCAGACAGCCUGGUGCCUGCGUGUCUGUGCCGUUCGGAGCAGAGUGAGUCACAGCUGGGUCCUGGUAGUCGUGCGGCGCGUAGAGCUGCUGCGUGCUGAGUGUGCCUGGGGGGUCCUGCUCCCCAGACACCUGCCGAGGGCUUCCCCUGCACCACUGGGGUCUGAACAGGGAGCAGGAAGCCGUGCUUUGUCCCUUGGUCUUCCUUUCAGUUGAAAUUGCAACAGCCAGGGAAAUGUGUUGGUGUUGGAAGCCUGGGCUGAACAGGCCUUGUGUUGAUGGAAAACAGCAGGAGGAGGGGAGAGGACCAGCAGAGCAGCUUCAGCCCUUGAUGUGAGCCAGAUUCUGAGCAGCUGCGAAGUACCAAGUGUUUCAGGCUCUGUUUGGUGCCUAAAUGUGGGAGAGAUCUGUCUGCUUCAUGCACUUAUGCGGUGGGGAGGGAAAUAUCCUCGCUGAGAAUCCAAGGGAAAUGGGAGCUGGGCCAGUGCUGAGCUAAUUUACCUACUGGCGCUUCUGCAUCUCCGCAACAAAUGCCAAAGCCUAAUACAAUUCAAGGAUGCUUUUUUUAACGUCAGCCUGGUUGCACCAGUCUGUCUUCACUGGCGAGUCCCACGUAGGCUCAGCCGAGGAUUCUCCAUGGCACAAACACGGCGCUGGGCUGGGGCUGCGAAGGCUCAGAGACGUGGUUGCGUGGAGUAGGCCUCCCGUGCUGCGUCCCUGCUCCGCGCGCUGGCCCGGCAGGGCUGGGGCACGUGCGUUUCACCCUGGAUCUGAAGGGAUUUGUCCCAGGAGCAUUGCAGCAAGCACGUUGGAGCGGUGCUGGGCUGGGUGGGAGAGGUGAAAGCAGGUCCAUGUCUUCCGGGACUCUGGCUUGCUCAGAGUUUAUUGCUGUAUAUUAAAUACUAUUUUUGGAGACUGGGGGGAAGAUGCGGGAGGGGGAGGGAUGUGGCAGCACUGUCCCUAGGCUGAUCAGGGGGACGCUACUGCAGGUUACUGAUAGGUUUUGAUUUUUUUCCCAAAAAGUGCUUUAUUUAAAAAUAAAUAAAAACAUAAAAAUAAAAAAGGAAAAAAAAAAAAACCAACAAACAGAAGUGCUUUCCUCCCUCCUAGAAACAGUGCUGGCUGAUCAGAAAAUGUGAAUAAUCUUUUGCAAACAUCAAAGGUCUCUGCUAAAGAGUUUGUGCGAUGGAGGUUUCAAGGCAAGGGGCAAAGUACAGCUUGAACCAGUUUAACUGGGGCGAGUGGAUCUAGGAAACGCGAGAUCUCUGCCCUGGAGUUGUUCCUAGUCGCAUGCAGGGAGGAUGUGCUUCCCUGUCCUACCGCAGCUGUUUGUCACACACAGGGCUUUGCUCCGAUGCUGGAGCGAAACAUUAUCCGGAAACUCGCUGCUGAAUUUGGACUGGUGUUUUUCGGGGCUUCCACAGGGGCUUCCUGCGUUCAGGGCUUUCCCACUCAGAAACCAGCCUGCUUGGUGAAGCAGCCCUGGAGAAAGGAAGAGCAGAGGCAGGAUCUGCUCUUUGUGCCAGGAAGCAGUGGCCAGGACGGUGAGAUGCUGGCCUGGUUCCAGCGAUAACAUUCGGGUGCCGUGGAUGUAGCGUCUUUUAUGUUGGUAGCUGGCCCCGUGACCUGUGCCGAUGGCAUCGAGGGCACGGCGCAAACUCCUUGAAGCUGUAGGUCUGAGCUGUCUGUGAAGGCUGAAGCAGCGUGGGGAGAGAUCCCCGCCUGCACUUGUCACCAGUACAAAGGGUUUUGGAGGAGGAUUUUUUUUUAUUAUUUUACUGUCCAUUGCUUUGUGUUAUAACAACUUGCAGUGACAUUUUGUUUUUUUUUUGUUUUUUUUUUUAGUUUGUUUUGCAGCAAGCUUGGGCCCUGGGUGAAAAGCACAGAUGUCUAUUUCUGAUUGCAUUGGCUUUGCAGAGACUUGUUUUGGGGAAAAGAUGGGUGUGGGGGUGGGUUAUUUUAUUUUUGGUACACGGUAGCUGUUUUAUUUUUUAAUUUCCCCAGGAUGUUUGGUUGAGGGAACGUUCUGAAAUCUACUGUCUGGCAGUUUUAACCAGCAGUGUGCUAAAGGAAAAUAAACAGAAUUAUAUUGUCACUCGGA